UAAUACGGGUGGGAAAUAAAUAUUAACCUCCGGUGAGCUGAAGAGACGCGGAUUUCUCAUGACCCCUGUUUUAUUAUUAUCGUUUCUCUAAAUAUUUUUUUUCCCUCAAGUGCACGAUGGCUGGAAGCCGACUUGAGAAGGUCGGAACUGUUUUUACUCGGGUUCGAGAUCUUAUGCGCUCUGGAGUCAUAAAAGAGUCGAAGAAACCUGUUUGGUUUGACGUCUAUGCCGCGUUUCCGCCGAAGAGAGAACCCGUCUACGUGAAGCCAGUGAGACGGGUGCAGCGGAAAACAGAGGAGAAUGUGCCUGAAAUCUUUUACAAGGAGGACCAAAUACGAGCGAAAUUCUAUGAGUUGUAUGGAAAUGGCCCUAAAGCGUUCGACCUCACAAAAACCAACUUUGUGUCGACCUGCCAGAGGUUUGUGGAGAAGUACCGUGAAUUGGAGAGUAGGGGAGAUGUGAAGCCGGAGAUUCUGCUUGAGGAAACGGCAAGGGCUCUUCUUGCCGAUGGCGUUGUGCUCAGGAGGAGAGGUGGUGAACGUGCUGUGGCAGCAGAGACACGCAAUCCUGUUCUGUCCAUGAAGUUAACAGACAUGUUGGCUGAACAACAGAAAGACACAGAUAAUGCAACACACACUCCGGAGGAGCGCAUACACGCCGGUCCCACCGACUCUUCAAACACCUUAUAGCAUGAAAGACUCUGUUCAUCUGUUCUUUAUGAAUAUAAAUCUGUGUAAUGAAUAUAAAAUGCAACUUGCAGAGCUGAGGACAAGGCUGAGGAUCUUCCUUCCUUAAAGACAAAGUGGAAAUGAUCUUUUCAGUUUAACAAAUAUUCUGUAUUCCAUCACAGACAUGUACAAUAUGGCCAAAAGCAUGUGGACACCCGACCAUCACAUGUAUCUGUAUCUGUAUCUGUUUCUUCCCCAAACUGUUGCCACAAAGUUGAAAGCACACAAUUGUGUGGAGGCCUAAACCUGUUCCAACAUGACGAUGUCCCUGUCCACAAAGCGAGCUCCAUGAAGACAUGAUGUGCCAAGGACGGAGUGGAAGAACUCGAGUGUCCUGACCUCAACCUCAGGCGAUUAUAACAGCUAAGGAAGACUAAAUCUGGAAUGGGAUGUUCUACAUGCACAUAUGAGAGUUAUUGGCAAGUGUCAACAAGAUUUUAGCCGUAUGGUAUAUGUUAUAUUGUUAAUGAAUAUAAUGAAUAAUCAAAUAAAUUGUUUUUGACAUCAA